CAGACUGGCUCAAAUUAAGAUCAUACAUCUGUAAAUCAAACCAAAGCCCUUCAGUUAAUUGUCUCCAGAGAUAUAACAACCCUAAACCUGUCUUUAAGAGUGGAGGCAGACCCUGAAAGGAUCUGAUUUAUACCGGUCCACAACUUUACCAAACACCCAGCACCAUGUUCCUUCUGUCCAUCCCCAGUAUUUGGCCAGAAAAAAAUCGAUUUGAUCUUAAUUGACCCAGUGAGUCUAGAUAACACUGGCCUGCUUGUUUAUCCCCCUGGCAAGCCUUGUGCUGCUUAUCAUACAUGUAAAACAGCAAACACUGCCGAGAUGUGAUACCAGGUGACACUUUUACUACCCGUACACUGCACUGUUGUGUUUUGUAAACACCACUCAGAGGUGUCGUAUGGGUACUAUAAGGUGUGUUUGAGCGAGUUCGAGUGCGGUGGACAGGCGCUGAGAGUCAACUGAGAGUUUAUUUUCAGGAUUUAUUUGAACGUUCACAUGAGAUGAAAUUAAUAUGCCAGAGACAGAAAUAGUUCUUUAGGAUUUAUAUAAACUACAACUUUGGUAGAAUAAAACGAAUUAUACAAUUUGGAAAUUAAAUUACUUAGAACUAAGCAAUUUCCAGGUAAGAUAAAACCUGUAUCCUAAAUGGGUGGGACCAGACAGUGACAGCCGCGCGCGGUGAGCAGAAGGCGGGGUCGACAGAAAAGGGAUGAUCUAUUUUACGCUGCAUCUGAAGUUUACAGUUUUGUGUAAAUCAGGGUUGAGAUAACAAGGACAAGACACUGUCACCUGUUUUCAGGACUUAGGCACCAACUAACUCUCUGCUUCGGUCAAGUAAUAUUCCUGGAAUUUUCUAUUGAUAUAUUUUUGUCCAGGUUACCAUUGCGCACCUGAAUUGUCCCUCCUAGCGGAUACCGUAUAUAUAUUUUUUAUUUAUUUAUUUUUAUUUCACAGUUUGUCUUGGUAAUACCAUAGCUGCAAUGAGGAUAAACAGACAAUUGCGUAGGAUUGUGCUUAUAGCAGCUCUUCUCGACUUCUCUUCCAAUAAUGCGAUGCCGUUUAAAAUCAUGUUUGAAGGUGAAGGCCAUUCCUCCAGAAUGUGACCCGGACUACAUCUUACUCCAAGAUGAGGAGAGCUGCUUCAAGGAUCUGCUCAAGAUCAACAUCAGCCAGGCUGACUCUCAACAACCAGGCAAGUCAGUCAUUCUAUGGGCAUCAUGUUUUGCCAUUAAUGUAAUCUACACAGAGGAAGAACAGUUCAAAGAGGGGCCAGGAAAACAACUUAGAUAACAGCACAUCCGUACACCACAAAUCACGUCCAAUGACGAGGGAGCGGUGAUGGAGAGUGAUGGAGAGUUUUGAAGGCAGCAGCGAGUCCACUCUGGUAACCAGAUCAGCCAAACGCUUCUCUGCUCUGCUAUAUGUGGAAUCUGGUGGUCUUUGUGCCCUGGUAAACACAUAUCUGUGCUGGGAGCCCCGGGGUCAUUAAUAUGGGAGGCGAAGCAAUGUUCUUUUACCCUUUAUUAUAAGGUUAUUAGCAUAACACAUUGGCUUAUUGGAUUUAGGAUGCUGAAAACCUCAUGUUACCAUGGUUUCCUGCUGGUGAGAAGGAGAGAAGGCUGUGAGAAAUAUAAUGCAAGUGGUUGAUUGAAGUGGUUAGCACUAUCACACAAUUGAUAUUUCUGAUAUUCCAUUUGCCCUCAGAUUGGCUUUAGGAAGAAAACAAUUAGAUAAAACAUUGGACAGACAGACUAAGAGAGCGAUACCUAGUCAGUUGUACAACUGAAUACAUUCAAUUGAAUUGUGUCUUCUGUGUUUAAUCCAACCCCUCAGAGUCAGAGAGGUGCAGACGGCUGCCUUAAUCGACAGCCACGUCUUUGGCGUCCGGGGAACAGUGGGUUAACUUCCUUGCUCAGGGCAGAACGGCCUUGUCAGCUCAGAGAUUCGAUCCAGCAACCUUUCGGUUUACUGGUCCAACGCUCCCACCCGCCAGGCUACCUGCCGUCCCGAGAGACAGAUAGAGCACCUGUCCUUUUCUAUCUCUUCCACUGUUCCACAGCCCAUAUGGUACCUGGGCCUAAGGGCUGCCAGACAAGCCAAGAGUGCCGAGGUUUGUGGGACCACCUGAACUGCUGGCCUCAUGCUGAUGUGGGAGAGACUGUGUCACAGCCAUGUCCCAGAUUCCUCCGCACCACAGGCAGAGUAUACAGGAACUGCACAGAGCACGGCUGGACUGAGUCGUUUCCUCCACAUGAGAUAGCCUGCGAGUAUGCCUUUGAGACCCUCACCUUCCCUUUUGAGGCACCCAGGUCCCAUGGCUACUUCCUCUAUGUGCAAGUCAUGUACUCGGUGGGCUAUGCUAUCUCUACAGCGUCUCUUACCAUCGCCACUGCCACACUCUGUCUGUUUAGGAGGCUCCACUGCACCCGUAACUACGUCCACAUCCAACUGUUCCUCUCCUUCAUCCUCCGAGCCACCUUCAUCUUCAUCAGAGAUGCUGUGCUCUUCUCCUCUGAUGACCACUUCCACUGUGACUCCUAUCCGGUCAGCUGUAAGAUUGCAACAACGUUCUCCAACUACUGCAUCAUGGCCAACUACAGCUGGCUGCUGGCCGAGGGACACUACCUGUACAGCCUGGUCAGUGUCUCCCUCUUCUCCCAGAAGAGGCACCUCAGGUGGUACAUUGUCCUGGGCUGGGGUUCCCCAAUGGUCAUUAUAGUAGCCUGGAGUUUGGCAAAAUAUACCCAGGAGAAUGAAGGGUGCUGGGAGAGGAGGGGACACGAGGGGAUCUGGUGGAUUCUCAGAGUUCCUGUUCUCCUCUUCAUCGUUGUUAACUUGCUGUUUUUUCUAAGUAUCAUAAGAAUCCUGGUGGCCAAGUUGAGGACACAGGAAAUGCAUAGAAAUGAGUUGAACCAGUAUAGGAGGCUUGCUAAGUCCACCCUUCUCCUGGUAUCUCUCUUUGGUUUGCACUACGUCCUCUUUGCAUUCCUCCCACAUAAAGUCAGUGAAAUAUGGAACUUUAUCGAGCUGGCUUUUGCUUCCACUCAGGGGUUUGUAGUAGCAGUUCUAUACUGUUUUCUGAAUGGAGAGGUUCAGUAUGAGGUUCAGAGGAGGUGGAGGCGAUGGAGGCUGAAGCAGCAUCUACCUGGGGAGGCCAGGCGCCAACAUGGCUCCAUGAGUCAGAGUGUAGGGGCCCAUACCCAGGUCUCCUUCCUGACCCGGGGACCCUCCACACACCAUUCUAGUCUGGUGUAGCACAUCCAGUCACUCCUCACUACCUAUACUGUACCUACGAGGCUUUAUCAAUGGAUAGGUGCCAUGUGUGUUCCACAGUCUAUCUGUGACAUUCUGACAUUCCUGUUUGACUCUUGAAGGAUGAGGCCUCCUUUGUGAUCUUUGACCGGCAUGGCAUUUAGUGACAGGACUGGACCUUUGGUUGUGGGGUCAAAACGCUGACAACCUUUCUGUGCAUGGGUUUGCUAUUCUGACCUUUCCUCAUCCUCACCUGCAGGCACGCACGGCACACACACUGCAUGACUAUCAGGAAUGAAAGAGACCUGUGCCUGCACCUGCCUAUUGUACAAUUGUAAAUAUGACCAGGUAUUCUAAAGAACCAUGUGGACAUGCUUCAUUUUAUUUAUUGGCUUUCUAACAUGUAUAUUCCAAGUGUUACAUACGAUAUGUGUAUGUUUAACCAUGAAAACAAGAGCUGUUGUAAAGUUUAAAGGAAUUUGUGUGAAUGUGUUGGUGACAGUUCCUAGAAUCAAUUUAACCAUGCUAUGUUAGUUAUAUUACGUGUGCUUCACACAGAAUCAAUGAUGGUACGACUUGAUGGCAAUGAGAAGAUCAACUUUCACAAUAAAUGUCAUAAAUGUAUUUUAAAAGUCA